AAACGCACCCACCUCCCCUCCCCUCUCGCCUCUCCGCCUCUCCACCAUUCCAUCCCGCUACCCUCACUUCCGGGGAAAAAGAGACGAGAUAAACUUUAACGGGAUCACGCACCAUUCUCUCACUCUUUCCUGUUUUUGUUUGUUUACCCUUUUCUUCCUGUUCAUUGUAUGAUCUUCAGCUCUGUCGCUCUUUCUGUCCGCGCUUUUCUCGGUUAGCGAUCUGUACUUACUGCACUUGCGAUAAUGGCACCUUCAUCAACUCUUGUCUCAAGCCCUGGGCGGCGUCACCACCUCUCUCCUGUGACGAAAGGUCCUCUAUUCAACAGCAUUCCUGGCAAUUCUGCUCGUCGCCGUGAGUACUCGCACUGUCCGUCCGAAUAGAACACUUUUCAAUGGGGGAAUCCUCUACCCCUCAUAGGGGUCACUCAGGAUUCCCCGCUGCCAAUUUUAUUUUUAAAUUCCUUUUGCCGCAUCAUGAUUAUCGCCUCUGCUAAUUGAAACAGCAACCCCCACUAAGCGCCCACUCUUCAACGAUGAGAACGCAGAUCCCAACCUAUUCAAACGCGUCAAGUCCGUUCUCUCUCCUUCAAAGUCCAUCUCGAGUAUCGACGAGAUCCUGAAGCCCUCCUUGAACCCCACCAUCACCGCCGGUCCAUCAUCCAAGUCGCGUUUCAUCUUGACCGAUAAGCCCUUAGUCAACUCCCAGCCCAAGCGUGCCCUGUCCAACAUCACGAAUACCCACCAGCGCGUGUGCAAGCCGUCCCACAAAUCCGCGAAACCGCUCGUCGGGAGCUCGUUGAAAAAGGCGUACAUCCCCUCCCCCACGCGUCGCACGCGUGCCGCAUCUCCACAGAUCGGGAGUGGCCGUGGACAACUGAAGCGCUCGCGUUCUUCGACUCCUCCAGUUGUGUUCAGAGACGUACCCACUUCGAGUUCCAAUGAUCCACCUGCCACCCCUUUGAUGCAGCAACAGCCUAUUCCUGACUCGUGGAUAUUUGAUAUCUAUGAAGACUCUCCGGAGGAGACGCUCCAAAACCUGGUGGAAUUCUCGACUCAUACACUCGACAUUUCUGACAAUGAGGAGACCGGCGAGUUGGAUCUCGGGAAGGAGAACAUCCCCCCAUCAAGACUCGCCGAAAUCCUCUCCACCCCACGUGAGAACCAAAUGUCCGUCGAUGCUCCCGUCAAGUGCAUCCCGCAGCGACGAGCAUUGGACAUCUGCCCAGGGGGGCGGGCAGCCCGCGAAUGUAGGGAGCCGCUGAGAGAAAUGAAGGAGGAGGAGUUACUUCAACCUGGGGAGAACACGACACGCGACGAAGACAUGAUUAAGAAGGUGAUGAGCAAAAAGGAGGAAACUGGAAGCGAUAAAAUAACGACCACUACCACGACAACGAAACUACCCACCGUAUCUAACGACUCAUUCAUAACCUUCUCCACCCCAAAGAAGAUGAGGAAGAAAUCUCUGCUCCGCAAGACACCCAGUCCUGGCUGGAAGAUAUGGGAAAACGAUCGCGAUGAUGAUGCCACUGGUGAUAACGAGAGUUUACCGCCGCUACCACCACCUACCAAGGACGAGUUCAAUAUCCCCCUACUAGCGAGUACGUGUAGGAAGCGGGUGUUGGAGGAAUGACGGUCACUCCCCCCCUCUCUAAUGUACCCUUCUUUUCCACUUCCUCUAUAGCUUGAUGGCCUGUUAUUUGUAAUCUUUGUUACUUUUUUUUUUUUUUGUUGUGGGCAUAUACUUGAUGUUUCCUCUUCUUCCCUUCCGGGUAGUCCCAUUUACGCCGACAAUCCCCCUGGGUUAACCACCUACCCACCCAGCCAAGGCGAAAUGGAGUCAAAAAAGUCUCUUUUACCUUUCCUUUCCUUUCCUUUCUAUCCAUAUUUUUGUAUCUGCUCAAAGUAUCGCAUCUGGCUGGCUUUUUCCGGGCCGGGUCGGUGUGUGUUUGUGUGUGUGUGUGUGGUGGGCGCUUUGGCGUGUCUAGGGGGGUUAGGUUAGCGUCUUGCUUUUUAUCAUUUUUGUAUGUCCGGUCGGGUCGGUCUUCUUUGCAAGCGUUUUGUCCCCUCUUUUUUGUUUUUCUUUUUCCUCCAGUCUCUUUCUUUGUAAAGGCAUAUGUAUUUAUGGACUUGACGGGUUACGCGAUGGGAAUUGAAUUACUGAGUUGAAUGUUGAUGUCUGCGUUAUGCUGUAUCAUACGAUCUGGGCGACAAAAGAAAUGUGGCCCCCCCUGGGUUUUCCAUACAAAAUUCCCAUUUUUGAUUUUUGCUGCCAGAAGAAACCACAACAAAUCCUGUCCCCCAAACUCUAAUAAUAUGAUAGACGUCCAUAAGGAGCUUAGCAGUAUGAAUUUUUCAAUUUUUUUUUUAUUGACGGUCUUAGAUGCCGAUACAGAGACAUGAAGCUGGACAGGUCCGUUGCUACGGUAUGCAAAAUCCCGUACAAAUUUGCUGUCUUGGCAUGGAUUUUGACCCUCUGUUCGGAAAUUAUACUUUGAGUUUUUGUAGAGCAAUUCCUGUGAACCCCCGGAUUAAGCUCUCUGCUAAGAAGGAUUGGAAAAUUUUCUCGUGCUUUGCUGCUAGAUAGGCUCAUAUCAAAAAUUGGUGUUUUGUAUGUAUGGGGAAUGGGGG